CCUGCCAACCGCCAAGAAACUCGUCUUUGCGGGAUCGCGACGGGAGAGUGAGCGGGGGCAGCGACGCUCCUCGUUCGUCCUUGGCUGCCUUCUGUGCAGGAAGCGUGAACAGAAUAUAGUUCAACUGUUUCUGUUCCUCCUGUGGUGAUCAGAAGUAGACAUUGUGUUUUGGACUUGGUAACAUGGCAAAAGAUGCUGGUCUCAUUGAAGCUAAUGGAGAGUUAAAGGUUUUUAUAGAUCAAAAUCUUAGUCCAGGAAAAGGUGUUGUUUCAUUAGUAGCUGUUCAUCCUUCAACACUUGGAAAACAGCUUUUGCCGAAAACAUUUGGACCGUCUAAUGUCAAUAUUGCACAACAAGUGGUUAUUGGUACACCUCAGAGACCAUCGGCCCCAAAUACUAUUUUAGUAGGAAGUCCACAUACUCCCAAUACACACUUUAUAUCACAGAAUCAGACUGCAGAUUCUUCACCUUGGUCUGCUGGGAAACGAAACAAAAAGGGAGAGAAGAAUGGCAAGGGUUUACGACACUUCUCUAUGAAGGUUUGUGAGAAGGUUCAGAGGAAAGGAACUACCUCAUACAAUGAGGUAGCAGAUGAGUUAGUUGCAGAAUUCAGUACUGCAGAUGCUCACAUCUCACCAAAUGAAUCGCAGGCUUAUGAUCAGAAAAAUAUAAGGCGACGGGUCUAUGAUGCCUUAAAUGUUCUUAUGGCCAUGAACAUUAUUUCCAAGGAGAAGAAAGAAAUCAAAUGGAUUGGCCUACCUACUAAUUCAGCUCAGGAAUGCCAGAAUUUAGAGGUGGAGAGGCAGAGAAGACUUGAAAGAAUAAAGCAAAAACAGUCACAGCUACAAGAAUUAAUUCUUCAGCAAAUUGCCUUCAAAAAUCUUGUUCAGCGAAAUCGUCAUGCAGAACAGCAAGCAAAUAGACCACCAGCUUCUAAUUCUGUCAUUCACUUGCCAUUUAUCAUAGUGAACACCAGCAAGAAAACUGUGAUUGAUUGCAGUAUUUCUAAUGACAAGUUUGAGUAUCUAUUUAAUUUUGAUAAUGCAUUUGAAAUACAUGAUGAUAUUGAAGUAUUGAAGCGCAUGGGAAUGGCAUUUGGACUGGAAUCUGGAAGUUGCUCAGCAGAAGAUCUAAAAAAUGCAAGGAGUUUGGUUCCCAAAGCUCUUGAACCAUAUGUGACAGAAAUGGCUCAGGGAUCAAUCAGCAAUGUGUAUGUCUCAUCCUCAUCAGGUUCAGCUUCAAAUGGGACAAGAUUUUCCAACAGCGACUACUCAAACGGAGGAGAUGGAAUGUUGGCUACAAGUUCCAAUGGAUCUCAGUACAGUGGCUCCAGAGUAGAGACACCAGUGUCUUAUGUUGGGGAUGAUGACGAUGAUGAUGAUGAUGACUUUAAUGAAAAUGAUGAUGAUGACUGAUACUUUUUGCCUGUAGACUUUUUUAUUGUUAAAAUUCAGCAAGCGUCAGGAAUAAAUUCUAGGAAGAGAUUGUCAAAAAUUGUCCCAUCAAGGAGAUACUGGUAAGAGUCUGAAUUUAGAAAAUUGCACCUCCAAUAAAGUAAAAAUUGUUUGUUUUUUAUGUAGAUUUUUUUACAUGUGAUGAGGAUGUGUGUGUUGAUACCAGUGUGUUAAUGCAGAACUUUUAUUUACUUUUGCUUAGGAUUUUUAACUUGAAGGAAAAUGCAUUUUGCCCCUAAAUGUUGUCACAAAAUUUGAAAUGUAGCCACAUUUAAUGGAAAAUAAAAGCUGUCCACCUGUCAAAAUGCAUACAUGAAUGGCAUUUUAUUUAGAGUGCAUUUAGGUGACAUCGUACUGAAAUAUAGUAAUCAAA